UGGCAAGAAAGGUGAUCUCAUCCAACAACCCAUCCGAACAAAACGUCUGAAGCUAGGCCGGGAACGGCCACCAAAACUUCCUCGUCACUCACCAUGCGUACAACAGUCAAGAUGCGUGUGUUUGUGGCGGCGUGUUUCCUGUCGUUCGUGCUAAUUUCGGUAGAGGGCGCUGCGCUACAGCCAACAGAAGCGCCACCGCACAACGGGACCGAAGCGCCUGCCAGCGCCUCAGAAGUUCAACCCGCGACGGAGGCACCACAGCCAGUCCAGGACGCAACCACAAAGACGUCGAUGUUAGCAGUGAUGCCGGACAGUAUCAUGGCGAUGUACGACAAAUUCGACAGGUUCAGUCAGGACUUCGACCAGGCCAAGAACAAGGAAGCCCUACGGGAGAUGUUCCAAAACUCCGACCUCAACCGAGACGGACAACUGUCGUACUUCGAGCUGCUUCAUUCUCCAUAUGUCCUGUCACCACGCCUGUGUGGCCCCAGUCAGGCAGGGGACGAAGAUGAGGACGACGAAGACGAUGACGCAACAGCCGUUGACCAUAUAAGGUGUGAUCACGAGAUCCUGCUUCGGUGCGGAAACGUGCUGAUGGACCACAUCAACCGGACGGACCAGGCGUCUAUAUGCGAGGCUUUUAGGGUCCACGCCAACUGCAUCCGAGACAACGUCCUGAGCGCGGCGAACGCGUCUGUGAGGUGCGACAUGGAGGCGGUGCGGGAGUACCAGACCGCGCUCAUGGAGAUCGUCAUCUUCUACGAGUCGCUCGGUAUCUGCUCGGCGGAGUUCGAGCAGCAGCUGGAUAAGGAAGCGUUGUCUGAAGAGAUGGAGGCUGCGGAACUGAUCGACGUGGUGGGAGACAUCAUGGAAGAACAGAGAGAGGAGAUGAGAGGAGAGGAAGAAGCUGAAGAAGAAAUGGAAGAAGAGGAGGAUCAAAGGGCGAUGGCGAUACAAAUGAUCGAAGAGCAGAUCGCGGCUCUUGAAGAGCGGUGGGCGGAACUACAGGGGCUGCUUGAGCGGGCGAGGAACGCGUCGGCGGGUGAGCUACCCGGAAAUAUCACCGCGGAGGACCUGGAGCAAGAGAUGUCAGACAUCGAAGAGCAAGAAGAUGAGCUAAGGAGGGAGGAGGAUGAGAUCGCCACCGGUGGUGAAGAAUUUGAUGACGGGUUGCCAAUGGUGCCGGAGGGACAGGGGUACACGCAGGAAGAGAUACAGGAAGCUUUAACACUGCUGGAGCAGAGGAGGGAAGUUCUGGAAACAAGGCUCGAACAGCUACUGAACGCCUCGGCUAGCGUACCAGAGAACCGCACCGCAGAAUUCGAAGAAGAAGUGGAGAGGGCUGAACAGGAGCUUUCCGAUGUUGUACAAGAAGAGGACAGGCUGUUGGGAGGAGGGGAACCCGAUGAGGACACCGAGGAAGAAAUGCGGAUGCAACAGACCGAAGAAGAAAUAGCGGCCCUGGAGCAGAUGAGGGCGGAGCUAGAAAGGAAGCUGGAGCAGUUGUUGAACGCCUCCGCUGACGAACUACCAGAAAACGGCACGGACGCGUUCAGACAGGCCGUGGAGGAAGCUGAACAGGAACUGCAGGCAAUCAUCGAACGGGAAGACGAGCUGUUGAGGGAACAGGGUGCCAUCAGCGGAGAAGGAGAAGGAGAAGGAGGGAUGGACAGGCAAACGCUCCAGGAGGCGUGGAACUCGCUGGAGGAGAGAAGGGAGCGACUCGAGCGGCAUAUGGAGCGGCUGCUGGACUCCCUGCCCGACGUCGCAGAGAGCGACACGGAGGAGUACGAACGAGAGCUGGAGGAGACGGAGCAACAGCUCGAAGAGGUGAUGCAGGAAGAGGAAGAGCUUUUGGAAGGGGAGGGUGAAGGUGAGCCUGAUGAUGACGACGAAAGGGGGAUGCAGCUACGAAUGCUCGAUGAGCAGAUACAGGCCCUGGAGGAAAAGAGAGAGGAACUGGAGAGGGAGCUCGAGGAACUGUUCAACACAAACAACAACACCCUGGACAACAGCACCAUGGAGGCGAUGGAAGAGAUUGAGGCGGAGCUUGAAGAAGUCGUCGAAGAGGAGAACGAAUUGAUGCAAGAAGAGGAGGAGAUACUUCAAGAAGAGGACGAAGACGACGAAGAUGGAGAGUUCUCCGAAGAGGAGGAAGCGUUCUCUGACGAAGAAGAAGAUGGUGAGAACUCGCGCGAGCAGUGGAUCCGAGACCAGCUGGAAGCUCUGGAGCAAGAAAGAGAGCAACUGGAAGCUCAGCGCGAAGAGCUGCUUAACGGGCCGGCAGAAAAUCGCACCGAAGAGAUGGUCAACGAACUGGAGCGACAGAUCGAGGAAGUAGAAGAGGAAGAAGACAGGCUCGUGGGAGGAGCAGACGGCGUAGACGUAGAUGACGGUGAAGAAGAAGAAGAAGAUGAGCUGGACCAGAUGGGCCAGGAAAUGGACCACCUGGAAGAAGAGCAAGAGGAGCUGACCAAUGAGAUCAACCAGCUCCUUCAGGAGGCUGACGGAGCGCCGGAGAACGCGACGGAGGAGAUCAGGCGCGAGGUGGAGCAGCUGGAGGAAAUGCGGGGAGAGAUCGCCGAGGAGGAGGACCAGCUGAUGGAGCAGAUGGAGGAAGUGGAGCAUCAGCGAGAGGAGGAGGCUGGGGGUACAGAAGGGAUGGACGAAGCGGACGAUGAUGAAGGCGAGAUGCCGGAACCGGAGGUUGAGGAUGACGUUCUGAUGGAGGACCGGCAGGUGGUGGAGGAGGAGCUGGAGGAGAUCGGACAGGAGGAGGAGGAUGUCUCCAGGGAGCUGGCGGACGUUAGGGAGCAGAAGAGACAGAAUCCGGAGGCCGCAGGCGAGCUGGACGAGAAGGAAGCUGAACUGGAGAGAGAGAGGGAGGAGCUGAAGGAGGUGGAGAGAGAGCUCGUGCACGAACUUGAAGAGAUUGCAGAAAGGGACGGAACAGACGGUGAAGAUGAAGAAGAAGAUGAAGAAGAGUGUCCUAUGGAGAUCCUGCGUCCGUGCGUGGCUGAGUUCGUGACGUCGGUGGGGUCCGGGACGCGCUGGUGUGACGCGCUGGACGCACACCUGGUCUGUCUGCAGGACGCGGUCAGGAACUGCACCAUCACACCUAACAUCGAGGCGUACCAUGUCGGGUUCCUGGGCAUGACGACGGCGUACGUCCGGUCAGACCUCUGUCCGGAGUCAACCUUCGACAACGUGGAGGACGAUACCGUCUUCGACCAGAUCAUGGAGGAAGACGAAGAAGAAGAAGAAGACGACGACUCUUCUGAAGAAAGCUACGAGGAGGUAGAUACACCAGACGUCGAAAGCUUCGAAGAAGACGAUCUGGAAGAAAGCUACGAGGAAGACUCAGUCGAAAGCGACGUCUCUCCAGAGGACGACUUUGAUGACGCCGGCAUCAUGGAUGAUGAAGAAGAAGAAGAGUUGAGCAGCGAAGAAGAGGACAGCAGCGAAGAAGAUUAUCCGCUAGGGGGCGCUGUCACCGACGAUUGGCUGUGGAACGACCAGUACACCACCCCGCUCCCAACCGGCAUGCCGUACGGCGACGACUACGGCAUGGAGGGGGACUACGACGUGGAAGACAUGCUGGAAGAGGAAGAAGAGGAAAUUGAGCAGGAGGAAGAAGAGGAGGAGGAAAUUGAGGAGGAAAUUGAAGAGGAGGAGGUUUUGGAGGCUGCAGGAGAGGAUCUGCAGGAAGCUCUAGAGGACCUCGAAGAUGCCAUCAGAGGCGGGAAGACCGAACCUCCCGAACCUGUCCACCGGAACUGGGCCCGGAACCGCCAGUCUACGAGCGGUGCUGCCGUGCCGAGGGGAACCGCCUUCCUCAGCCUGAUCAUGGCAUUGCUCCUGUGCCUGAUGUAGAAAGGAAAAUAAAACAAAGAAUUCGUACUAAUCUCCAAGCAGAUCAUACGGUGGCAAGGCAGUAUCCAUGUAGCAUCUACCAGGCUUCGGGAGGCGGCUGGAAAGAGUAGAGAUUGGCCAAAUAGAGACGUAACAUGCCGAGGGAGUUGGUCCGCUUCUCCGAGUACAGUUCGGGAGCGGCAAACAGUUCUCUCCACCAACUCCCCUGACAUGCUAUCUCUCUAUUUGGCCGAUUACUACUCUUUCCAGUCGCUUUCCGAAGCCUGGUAGAGGCUAGUAUCCUGAG